GAAGUCGUCCUUCGUCUUACUCUUGCAAACGCAAACAGUAUGAUCAAUUGUCAAAGUCAUUUGAAUAGACAAUGCACAACUGGGCACGUUAUCUUAUAUUUUUUCAAUACAUUGGAAAAAAGUACAGUGGUGCAGUGAAAGUGCCUCCCCAUCAGCUGAGGAGGAAAGGGGUCCAGGACCACUUGGAGGAAGCAAUAAGGAGGCUGAAGCCGCUCAACCCAGUGUCUCUGUCAGUCUCCAGCAGGACAGACACAGGUGUCAAUGCUCUCUCUAACUCUGCCCAUUUCGACCUCCAACGCAAGAACGAUAAACCGCCGUUUACUGAAGACAUUCUUGUUGAAGCUCUUAAUUUCCACCUCAUUGAAGAGCAGAUCAGGAUCACGCGUGCCCACCGCGUGCCUGAUGAUUUUCACGCCCGUUUCCGUGCCCAGUCUCGGACCUACGUCUACCGGAUAGCCCUGGGAGUCUCCCACCACUCUCUGCUUCCCCUCACAGAGCGAGAUCUCUGCUGGAACCUCCGCAACAAGGAGUUGGAUGUGGGAGCCAUGCGUGAGGCUGCCGCACUGCUGGUCGGGACUCAGGACUUCAGCAGCUUCCGGGCAGUCAGCUCCGACAUGCAUUUUAAAAGCCCUGUGAAGACGCUGGAUGUGGCCAGCGUACAGCCAGGAAGCUCCUUCGUACAGGCACACUUCCACAGAGAGAUACCAUUCUGGGAGCUGACUUUUACAAGCAGAUCCUUUCUCUAUAAGCAGGUUCGGAGGAUGACGGGGGCUCUGGUGGCUGUAGGCCGGGGGCAGAUCUCAGUGCCUCAGCUGCAGGAGAUAUUGGAGGCUCGGGACUCUCUUGCCUACCCACAAGGCCUGGCUGCUCCUGCCCAAGGCCUAUUCCUCACCAGGGUGGACUACAGAGAGACUGACCUCCAGCUUUCACAACAGACGUCAGAGGAGCAAAUUAUCUCCAGUGGAAUCUCAGAGGAUUAAUUCUGUGUCAUUCAGUCAUGUUGAUACACUGUAUUUCCAUAAUACAACAGUUGUAAUAAAGUUUUAUAUUUAUGUGUAUAUUUUUUUUUCUUCACUAACACAACCUUGCAUCUUCACUUUGAAUCAGUUACCCCAAAUUGUGUCUUUUCCCCUCCUUAUACAAAUAAGCAUUUGACUACAUACAGGUGAACAUCUACAUAUUCUUUUAAUUCAACAUAUUAAGAAUACAUAACUGUGUCCAUGAACGCAGCUCAGCUACAGAAUACCACACACCUUGAACCUAUCAUUGUCUAUACAUGACCUUCAGGUUACAACAGAUAAACUUGCUUUCAGCCUAGUUAGGCAGUAUUACUCCUAUGUAUACAUGUAUGAACUGGGUUUUGGUUGGUUCUGACAAUUAUCAAACAAGGUAUACAACAUGUGGAGAACAGUGUGAAGCUCUAUAGCUAAAACUGCUUUGUGUGUCCAUGGCUCUCGUACAGUGGUAUUACAUUAUGGAUCAACACAGUGCACACACUCACUGGUAAUGUAUACAUCCAAAUGUCCAAAUAAAACUGCAUACAUUGGUUCUUUACCCGGAAGUCUUCACAGAGCAUUCUUCAGCACUCUCUCACUUGCUUCUAGUUUGGCUAAGUUGUUCGUAAACAGUCCAUUAAAACCGGACUACCACCAGCAGUCUUCUCCGUGCUGGUGGGAGCCGGAUGAGGUUUGUACAAGGUUCAGACUGACCAAUCGCUGCCCUUAAUGUUCCAGCACAUUGAUCCAAAACAGACAUCCCAACUUUUCCAGAAUGUUGUACAUCCACUGAUGCAAGGUUAACCGAUUUUAGGCUUGCAUUCAAAGUGCUGCGUCUGUCAAAAUUGAACCUCAUGAGGAAUGUUUUUUGCACUUCUUAGAAGUGACAAACUUAAUAUUUCACUCACACUAUUUCUUUCACCUAAAUUUUUCUCUUUUUUUUGUAAAUAUGUACACAAGUACAUGUUUUCUAUCCAUGUGACCAUGUUGGAGCAACACAGUGAAUCUGAUUGGCAUAGGUCCUCAAGUCAAUUCAGCAUUUGGUUUCAAGAUAAUUCACACAUCCUGAAACACUCAUAAUUCAAUAUAUAAUCAAAAUUUCAAGUGUUAGUCAGAAUAUCAAGCCCAAUGUCUUAAAAACUAAAUCAUAUGUAUAGAUAAUGCACUUGAGGAAGGCAUUGUGUUAUUUUUUGAACUCACAAUCCUUUAUAAACAGCACAGUCUGGGUGAAGAAUGUAGCUGAACUCGAGUCAAACUGGAGACCUGAUUGAAUGGAUUGCGUGGGACAGUGAGACACAAAGAGAAACUGAUCACAUCAGACCUUAACGGCCACAUUUUGAAUUAAAAUUAGGUUUUAUGAGACGGAUGAAGGAAAAAGAAGACUAAUGAUUAAAGCUCAGCAGUGGUGCCAAGCCUGUCCUGAUAAAAGCCAUAAUCGGUUUUAAAAUGAUAUAAAUGAAAUGCGUGAUGUGUGGAUGUAUGAUGAUUGAGAACUGGUUAAAAACAAUUAUUUAAGUGUAAAUGAUUUGGGAGUUAUUAGUGUAAUAUCAAUCUAGGCAGCCAAUUUUUGGCAGUUGGCUACACACCCUGAUGCAAAAGCUGAGGUUAAUUCAGGAUUAAUUUCUGACAUGUAAAUACAG